GUGACGCAUAGCCCGUCUGCAGCCCGUCUGACACACAAAGAGAAGCGCAGACUUUAGCGUUAGACGCGGCAGGUGAGCGGAGCAGGUGGCAUGCUGAGCGACAUAAGCCCCAGAUAUUCGACCACGUCGACUUUUUUCCCCUUCUCUGAAGCUCUGGAGAGGUGUCUGGCCUUUUAAACGCCAUGUGCGUGUGACGGGAACGAGCAGUGGCCAAGACAGACGUCAGGAUCGCUUUUUUUGGGGACAUUUUCGACUUCGAUGUGAACGUGUCAGCAGAGUAGGGUGGCCUUUGUUUUGAAGCCACUUCAGCCGAGUGAAUCGCUCGUUUCCAACUUGCUGGGGCUGAUUUGUGUGUAGCUCGCAUUAAGCUGACCAGAGCCUCUUUAAAACCGGUCGACGUCGAAGGGAUUGUUUUUCCUUCGGGCUGAUUUAACGCAUCGACGUGUUUUUCAGACACCGAAUGAGAUGUCGUUCACGAUGGAGGAGUCUCUAGAGUCGGGAUGGGUGUCCGUCCGGCCGAACCUCUUCGAGGAGACCGAGCGCCAUAAGUUGGUCUUCAUCGUGGCGUGGAACGAGGUGGAGGGGAAGUUCGCCAUCACCUGCCACGACAGGACCGUCCAGAGACGGACCACCGACAGGGACCCUACCUUCGACUACUACUCCACAUCCCCUCUACCCAUGGCAUCGAACGCCAGUCCCUCGAACAGGAACGAUGGGUCAGAAGUUAGAGUCGGACCGAACUCCAGCACCAAGAGCAAAGAUGGAGGGAGGAAAUCGUUUCCUCCCGGUCCUCCGAGGCCACCGGAGACUGCGCGUAAAGCCCUCGGGUCGUGGGACGUCUUGUCCCCAAAAGUGAUGGACAUCGAGGUCCUGGAACCAGAGGACUUCCCCCCCGGAGGACUUGCCUCCCCAGAUCACUGCGACACGGACGGGAAGGACAGCGGGGGCCGUGAGGAGUACAGCUGGGCCGGCCUGUACUCCUUCCAGGACCUGCGGGUAGCACACCUCCAGCUCUGUGCGGUGAACUCAGACUUGGAGCCCUGUCUGCCCGCCUUCCCCGAGGAGCAGGCCGGCAUGUGGACGGUGAUCUUCGGGUCACCCGAGGUGUCGCAGCGAGAGACGGACGCGCUGUGCUACCAGGUGCAGGUAUACCUGGGCCAUGCCCUGGACACCUGCGGAUGGCUCAUUCUCUCGCAGGUGCUGUUCUCCGAAAGUGACGACACGGAGGAAUACUAUGAGAACCUGAGCGAGCUGAGACAGAAGGGCUACGAAGACGCGCUGGAGAGGGCCAAAACGCGUCUCCAAGAGCUGCUGGAGCGGCACCGGGCCAUGGACAGCAUGGUGGAGCUGCUGCAGGUGUACCCCGAGGAGGACCGGGCGUACGGGGAGCUGCUAGAGGACACCACCCAGCUCUACCAGUAUCUGCUGCAGCCCUUCAGGGACAUGAGGGAGCUGGCCAUGUUGCGCCGGCAGCAGAUCAAGAUCACCCUGGAGACGGAGCGCCUGGGGCCACGCCGCGUGGAGGCACUGACCCGGGAGGAUGAGGAGUGGCAGAGGAAGGCCCACGCCGCGGUCCUCUCCAUCCAGAGCCUCACCGCCCGCUUCUUCCAGACCACCGCCCGCGCACAGAAAGCCAUGUACGAGCGGAUGCGCGCCGACCAGAAGAAGUUUGGUAAGUCGGCCUGGGCCGCCGCUGCCGGCCGCUUGGAGCAGCUCCAGUAUUCUGUCUCCAAGGAAACGCUUCAGCUGAUGAGGGCCAAGGAGAUCUGCCUGGAGCAGAGGAAGCAUGGCCUGAAGGAGGAGAUGCAGAGCCUGCAGGCCGGGGCGGACGCCAUGCUGCGCCUGGACCAGCUGGAGGCGCUCUACUACCAGCUGCAGCUGCAGCUGUACGACAUCCAGGCGGAGGUGCUGCGCUGCGAGGAGCUGCUGCUCACCGCCCAGCUGGGCAGCCUCCGCAGGGAGAUGACAGGUGGGCCUCUUGGGGGCGCACGCCAUGAGCGCCAGGACGAGGUGGUGUACUACGACGCCUACGAGAGCCCCGACGCCAUGCAGGGGGGGGAGGAGGGCGGGGUCCCCCCCAGCCCCCUGACGGAGGAGCAGCUGGCGGUCCUGCAGAACAAGACCCGGCAGCUGGAGGCACGCAGGGGACGCAUCACCUCCAAGAGAGCCUACCUCAAGAACAAGAAGGAGAUCUGUAUCGUUAACCACAACCAGAAGAUGGACCAGCGCAAGGGCUGCCAGGCAGACAGUGAUUCCAUCCAGGCACUGCACCAGAAAGCCGAGGAUGAAGAGGAGAGGAGGAGUGCCAGAGUUGGCCAGGAGAGACAGACGACCCUACUGGGACUACGCAGCCACAGCCAGCGCUUCCCGGGCCAUGUGACCCUGAAGUCCAGCCGGCUGCGCCUGGGCCUGCCCCACCCCCGGAGGAGACCGGGGGCCCCCUCUGCCGGGGCGGGGGAGACGGCCAGCACCCAGGUAGCCAGCGUCCAGACGGACCUGGGUCUGGACCUGAGUCCCGCAGUGCCCCCUCACGCCUGCGGCCACCAGAGCGCGUCUUUACCUCCGGGGCGGUCUGCGCCCGGGAGCCCCUCCUCCCUCCCCCCGUUCUCCUCCAUGCCUCCGCCCUGCUCCGCCUCCACGCCGGCCCUCUCCUCGGCCGCCGCUCCGCCCCCACCGCCUCCUCCUCCACCCCCGCCGCCCCCUCCCUCUCUGGAGGACCUGCAGGGUGAGGUGGGGCCGGAGGAGUCCAGGGGCCCCCAGCUCGGGGCCGGGUGCGAGUCCCUCCCCCUGGCCCUCUCGCCCUUCUCCCCGCGCUUCUUCGACAGCAGCCAGCUGCUCAAUGCCCGGAAGAAGCUGAGGAAGACGGCUUCGCUGGACUCCACCUGGAGGAGAGCGGGCUCCCCCAUGGAUGAGGUCCUGGCCUCCCUGAAGCGCGGCUGCUUCCGGCUGCGUAAGGCGGAGCUGCGCGUGCUGCCGGACCCCGACCAGGACGACAGCGAGAACAUCCUGGCGCAGAUCCGCCAGGGCGUGCUGCUACGCAAGGUCCGUGGCCGGCCCGCAGACCACGGCCAGCGCCGGCCCGCCAACCGCUUCCCCUCCUCGGCCGACGCCCUGACCCGCAGCAUCCACGAGGCGCUGCGCAGGAUCAAGGAGGCGUCGCCCGAGAGCGAGUCAGAGGACGAGGGCCUGCCCUGCACCGACUGGGAGAACUAGAGUCUGGUGCCUGGAGGACUAGAGCCUGGAGGACUAGAGCCUGGAGGACUAGAGCAUGGAGGACUAGAGCCUGGAGGACUAGAGCCUGGAGGACUAGAGCCUGGCGGAGUAGAGCAUGGAGGAGUAAAACCAGAUCGACGAUCCCAUGCUAACUCAGCAGACACAGAGGAGACGCAGGAGUCGGCCCUCAGAGAAGCGGUCCGGUGGAUCUCCUGGCUCCUGUGUGCACCUCAGCGCUCUGAAUCUGGCUCUCUGCUUUCCUGUGUGGGGUCGAUUUUCUUAUCCUUGCGUUAAAGAGGCAGCAGACUUUGUACUCCUUCAUCAGUUUGCUGUGAUGGGUUUGUUACGUUUGAUGGGAUGAGGUGGUUUUUAUUUUAGGUUUUGUAAUUCCACACUGAAAUAAGAAUCAGGAUGAGGUCACUGCUGAACGCCAGCUCCACACAUGAAAGUAUUAUGAAAAUGACCCCAAAUAUAUUGUUUUAAAAGGGACUUUUAUUGCAAACAAUAAUAUUAUCAUAGCAAUAAUAAUAAUACAUUUUAUUUGUAGAGCACUUUACAUUCGAAAAAUCUGAAAUGGCUACAGAGUUUAAAAGGAAAGAAGGGUUGUUAAAACAUAUAAUGCAUACACAGUAAAAGAGAAAGCCAAAGGCUUUUUUAAAAAGAUAAGUCUUAAGGUUUCGUUUAAAAACAGCGAUAGUCUGUGGGGCCUUCAGGUGGUCAGGGAGGGCGUUCCAUAGUCUUGGGGCAGCAGCAGGGAAAGCCCGAUCGCCCAUGGUGCGGAGCUUGGUCUUAGGUGGUCUGAGGGUGUGUGUUGAUGCACAGCAAAGGGUGAGUGAGGUGGUCUGGGGGGUGAGGAGCUCCUGGAGGUAGGGGGUGGGGCAUGUCCGUGGAUGCACUAGUGGGUGAGGAGGGAUACCUUGUAUUCAAUUCUGAAUGUGACAGGGAGCCAGUGAAGGGAUCUGAGGAUGGGGGUAAUGUGUUCAUAUUUGCGCACCCUCAUCAGGAUCCUGGCAGCGCUGUUUUGUAUGUACUGGAGCUUCUGGAUGCUCUUGCCAGAGAUCCCGAUGAGUGCAUUGCAGUAAUCCAACCUGGAGGAGACAAAGGCGUGGACGAGCUUGUCUGCAUCUGCCAGGGUGGGCGUAGGCCGGAGUUUGGCAAUGUUUUUGAGGUGGUAGAAUGCGGUCUUGCGGAGGUGAUUGAUUUGGGUGUCAUAGUUCAGUUGCUCCAUUUUAACACCCAGGUUGGUGACAGAUGUGGAAGGGGGGAUGUUUUGGCCAGAGAAAGUGGUGUGCCGAUGAGGAUGGCUUCUUUUUUAGAGCUGUUUAAUUGAAGAAAGUUGAGCUUCAUGCACGCCCCUUAUCUCCUCCAGGCAAGUGGUCAGUGUGGAUGUUGGCAGGGGGCAAGAAGAAGUGGGGGUGGUUCUUAGGUACAACUGUGUGUCAUCAGCAUAGCAAUGGUAAGAUAACCCAUGCCUGCUGAUGACGCUGCCCAGGGGGAGCAUGUAGAUGGAGAAAAGGGUGGGGCCCAACACCGAGCCCUUGGGGACACCGCAAGUGACACUGGGUGUGUGAUUUUGCUCUGCCCAGGGCGACGUGCUCGGUUCUGCCGGUGAGGUAAGAGGUGAACCAGUUGUGUGUAUUUCCUGUGAGUCCAAUGGUUUAUUGCAGGCAUUGGAGGAGGAUAUUGUGGAUAUAGCAAUAUUAUAUUUGCCGGUGUAGAAUCUGAAAACAAUGUAUGUUGUUACAUAUAUUGAUUUGAUCUGACUCUUGGGGGAACCUGAGGAAACCUUCUUUGAGGUGGUCCUCACUGAAUGCAUUCUGCUGCAACCUGAUCAACACUGGUCUUGUUAUCAACCAGAUCAACACUAGUCUUGUUAUCAACCUGAUCAUCCGUGGUCUUGUUAUCAGAUUGUAUCCAGAUGACAGGAAGUCUUGGCUUGUUAAUAUGUCCCUCAAGCAGUCCUCAAGUAUUCUGCUGAACAUAAACUCACAUUGUUCCCACUUCCUGGUUCAACUAGGAUACAUCUAUGCCACACCUUUCUACCCAUUGGUGACACACGCAUUAACAUGUUCUGAAAUGUAUUGUUAAAAAGGCACCAUAUUACUCUUUAACAUAUCUGGAUUUCAUUCUCAUCUAAGGUUCCCCUGAUAGGUCGAGUAUGGCAAACAUGUGCGAUAAUUUAUCUUAACACGGCAGCCUCCAGCAGGCUUUUAUUGGGGGUUAAAGGCCAAGACAGAGAUGGCUGAAGUUUAAAGUUGUGGUAACUAGUGGUAGUGAUCCUCUAUCCUGAUGAAGGUAUUGUUCAUAUGUUGAGAUCUGGUUCCCCCUGCUGCUCCAAAUGGCCUCAAAACAAUGUGGCUUGUGUGUGUGUGUGUGUGCGCGUGUGUGUGUAUAAUCUUUUUAUGUAUUUUUUUGUACCGUCAGUUUCAACUGCCUUUUUUCAUCAUUUGAAUGUGAUGUGUUACUGGAGGUGAUUUUGUGUCGAUUUUAUAUUGAUUUAUUACGUGUACAUUGUGUCAAACCUUCGUUGUCUUUGAUUUGAAAAGACGGGGGAAAGUCAUUGUAGGAAACCACUUGCACUGAGUACAAUCAGUAGGGUUGAAGAUGUACUGAUAAGAACCAACAACUGCUGUCCACACACAGGAGCUCUCUACUCUCUACUGAGAUGACAACUGUAAAAACAAUUCAAAAUGAUUCAUCCAAACCUUUUUCUAAAUCGCUGUCUUUAAGAAUGAAGCGUGCCGUUGUAAAGGCUCCGUCUACAGCAAUGAACAACCAUAUAUAAAUAGAUCAUGAAUUUCUGCACACCUGUGACCAGUCAAAUUGAUUUAAUGUUUUUCCCGUGAAUUGCUGUCCUGUCCAUGAUUAUUGUGUGUGGGCUGGUGAAGCAGAUGUAUUAGAUCGUAUUUUCAUUCUUUAUUUUAAUAUAUAUAUCAAAAUAUACUUCUUGUUUUUAGAUGUUUAUAAAAUCCAAACAAUUAAAAUCCUUGUUAUACAUUUAUAUUCUCUGGUACAGGACACAGCUUUAACUCUGUGGAACUCCCUGUAUGACCAAAUACCUGGCUCCUUUCAAAACAAGCCUAUUAAGUUAAGUGCAAUAAUUUAACAAAAAUAUGUUAUAUGAAUAGAACUAUUGAAGUGGAAUUUAUGAAAAGUAUAUCUCUGCAUGUGAUAAAUUUAGUAUUUAUUAAAAACCUCAAAUUUUAAAAUGUAGGAUUUAUAAGGCAGUAUCAAAGAAUGGAAUAUACUUUUUAAGAUUUAUGAUGCACUGCAUUUCUCAUCCUUUCCUACCAUUACAUUCCUAUUUCCUUUCUAUAUUGUAUUUCAAAUAAACACAAGGGCCUUUUUCCACUUUGCUUAG